GCCGAGGCGAUAGGUGGCAGCACACGCUCUCUAGCCAGUCAAUCUGGAACAUAAACAUUCCUCUCUCUGACAUGCGCAGUACUUCUGAUGUGAAUCAUGGCGGCUGCGGCAGAAAAGUCCACCAAAGAGAGAUUAUUAUCCACACUGGAUGAUCUGGAGGUGCUUUCAAGGGAGCUGAUUGAGAUGCUGGCGUUAUCACGAAGUCAGAAGCUCCCACCGUCGGGAGACGACAACCAGGUGUUGGAUCUGCUUGUCCAGAGGGAUAGUGAGUUCCACAUGUUGAUGGCGAGGGCGGUUGAGCAGGGGAGACUCCAGGAGGAGAUGAGAGGACUACAGAAGGAAAUGGAGAAACGAGACAAUGACAUCACGCUGCUGCAGAAACAACUCAAGGAAGCUGAACACAUACUGGCCACAGCGGUGUACCAAGCCAAGGAGAAACUGAAAUCCAUCGAGAAGGCUCGCAAAGGCAGCAUCUCGUCUGAAGAGAUCAUCAAAUACGCUCACCGGAUCAGUGCCAGUAACGCCGUCUGCGCCCCUCUCAACUGGCUACCAGGUGACCCGCGGAGGCCGUACCCUACUGACUUGGAGAUGCGUUCCGGAAUGCUGGGUCACAUGAGCAACCUGCCGACCAAUGGGGUGAACGGACACCUGCCAGGAGACUCACUAGCGGCCGGCAGACUACCAGACAUCCUGAUGCCGCAGUAUCCGUGGCAGUCCUCUGACGUCUCCAUGGGGAUGCUGCCUCCUCACCACGGCAACGAGUUUGGACCGGGACACAACAAGGAGAACGAGGACGACGUGGAGAAUAUGAGCACCGACACAUCCAGCUCAAGCAGCGACUCAGACUAGAGUACAGUAGUGUGUGUGUGUGUGUGUGUGUGUACGUGUGUGUGUGUGUGUGUGUGUGUGUGUGUGUGUGUGUGUGUG